GAAACCCUCAUGGAAGAGAGGGGGGAGUUUGUGCCUGCAAUGGCGGACUGGGACAAAGCCACAGCACUUGCGAUGGAGGCGAAGCUGAGGAGAGAGCCCUACACUCCAAUAUCGGCUACAAAAGCGCUUUACUUUGUGAAGAGUGCGGAAGAAAAACACACCACAGCUCCGUGCUCUCCUCCUCCUCCGAGAAAAAGAGACGGCGGCCCCGAGCGGGAGGAGAGGAGGAGCAUCUGGAAGCGGCUCUCCGGGAGCGCUCUCUGUAAGGUGACGGUGGUCGUCUACCUCCUGAGCUGCGUUCUCGUCAGCGCACUCUACGUGGCGCUCUACGGCGGACACAGUCAGAAGAUGUUUGCCUCUAGCGACGCAUGGAUCCCGGGGAAGCCCACCCCCUCCGCCAAAACACCCUCACCCUCCCCCCUCUCCCCCUCCACUCCAUUUCGCUGAUUCUCCGUACACGGAGUGGAUGUCGCAGCGUUGGACGUACUCAAACGAUAACUUCUCAGACUGGCCGUCUCUCCCUCCAUUCAUUGACACUAUCCAACAGGUGUCAUCGGGCUCGCUCGGAGGUGAACCAGGCACCUGGUUUCUAACCAACUCGAGCCUCUUCUUUGCCCUGAAUCUCGACGGGACUGACCCGGAAUCCGUCCAGUUUGUGGACAUCGGAGAUGACCUGGAGAUUGAGGUGGUACAGGGGAGUCGCGUGGCUACUGAUGCGGGAGAGACAGUCUUCCUGGCCACCCCUUACAAUGUCUCCCUCCUCGACUGCUCCUCUCAGGAUCCCAAGUUCACUUGUUCCGUGGCUGCUGAGCUGGGUCGAGGACGAGCCCGUGGAAUGGAGCGAAGUGGUCUCGGCAGUGGUAUCGGUAUCAGACGGCACUCUCUGGCUCGGAACGGACUCGGGACUGUACUCCAUCGUGAGAGACGACGACAUGUUGUCAGUGAACAACGUGACGUCAGUCGAAGCCUCGGUCACAACUCUUGCCUGGCGCACCAGUCUCUUCACCAGUGGGAAACACGGAACUCAGCGACGGAGGGCGUUCUUCCUCGAUCCCCUCACCUCCCCCUCCUCCUCACAGUAUCUCGCACACUCUGGGAGCGGCGGACUCCACACCACGCGCAGCAGACCACAUCGCGAGUCCUCGUCUCGCAGGGCCACAUUCGGUCUCCUGGUUGUCGGGACGGCGGACAAAAUCUAUUUCUUCAACGGAGAGAUGUGGUGGUUUGAGUGGGUCUCGAUAUGGUACAGCGGUCAGGGUGGAGCCAUUGAUGGCACUCCCACCUCCCUCUCCUUCUCUCUGUCCGGAGAUCUCUUCAUUGGAAACAACGUCUCUCUCACUAGAGUCAAUUCCAACUACACGUUUGACAGACUGGGCCCGCUCCAGGGACUCCCGUACAAUCAGAUCCUCUCUCUCUACCAUUCAUCCUACACACCCCAGUCUCCUCCGGCCAUGGUCCGCUCUCUUCCUCCCUCUACAACUACUUCAUCGGGUGGGACUCUCUGGAUUGGCACAACGAGAGGCCUCGCCCUUUUCGAUGUAUCCUCGGGGGAGUUCCGGCAUUAUUUCUACGGGAACCGUUGGCACCCGGGGGAGAGGGUUUUGGGAUUUGCCGGCAGUGGAGGGAACGGUACAGUUGUUCUCACAGACAGGGGAAUGGCUGUGGUGUUCCCGAGGCUGUGGACUCUGGAGGAGAAGGCCAGACACUACCAGACGAUGCUGGAUCGACACACCAGACCUCCAGGUCUGGUUGCUGACUGCAGUCUCACUGACUUUGUCCCCACGUCCUGUGCUCCCCACACCACCGACAACGAUGGACUCUGGACCUCCAUUGCUCUGGCUGCCGAGGCCUUCCGCUACAAGGUGACGGGAGACAAGGAGGCAAAGGAGAACGCAUGGAGCCUCUUCUUCGGCAUGCAGUUCCUCAAUAACGUGACGGGAGUGAGGGGUCUGAUGGCGCGGUCGGUGGUCUCAGAGAACGUGUCCGUCGACGGAGGAGUCUGGCACAACUCCACCUCCGAACCCGGCUGGAAAUGGAAGGGCGACACCUCCUCUGACGAGGUUGUGGGGCACAUGUUUGCCUACCCCCUAAUCCACGACCUGGUAGCCGACUCUGGCGAGGAGAAGGCAGAGGCAAAGGAGCUAGUCGACAGCAUUGUUGGCUAUAUCCACAACAACAGCUACUACCUGAUCGAUGUCACCAACCACUCCACCAGGUGGGGUGUGUGGAAUCCACAGCCUCUCAACUUCAACCAGUCCUGGUCGGACGAACACGGCCUCAAUUCACUGCAGAUUGUCACCUACCUACUGUCGGCCUAUCGCCUCACUGGUCACGAGGAUUACCUGCAGGCUUGGGCUAACCUGUCAUCUGACGGAGGUGUGUACGAGGGUCUCCCCACUCACUACGGACUGAACCUGGUGAACCAGAAGAUCACGUUCCCUCGAGAUGACAACUACAGUGACGACGAACUCGCCUUCCUACCUUACUUCACCUACUUCUUCACCGCCAAAAACCAGAAGCCAACUAGUGUGUUGGAGGAACAGAUGUUGGAUUACGUAACUCUCAGUCUCCAGAGGGCGUGGCAGAUUGUCAAGAAGGAGAAGAGCUCUCUUUGGACCGCCAUCUAUGCAUACGCCAUGGAUCUGGUGAAUGAUCCGGAUCUGAUAGAGGCCCUGGUAUGGAACUUGAGGACGUGGCCUCUGGAACUGGUGGAAUGGAACACAACCAACUCACAUCGUCUGGACAUCACUUUCAAUCCCGAGCAAGACAGAAACUUGCGCACUGAUUCCCAAUCAGAGAGGGUCCUCCCCGCCAACGAGAGGACACAGCUCCGUUGGAACGGGAACCCCUUCAUCCUCGACUCUGGCGGUGGGGACUCUGAGAUGGACCCGGGGGCGUGGCUUCUUCCGUACUGGAUGGCCAGAUGGAUUAAAAUGCUAUAGCACAUGUCUGUGUAUAGGUCUAGGGGGUAUUAGUUAUACAAUAACGCAUCGUCAGUGAUUUAAUACCUCUCUGUGUCUUUACCCUGUCCCCUCCCAUCUCCCUCUUGUCUCUCUCUCUCUUUCCUCUCUAUAUAUAACUUGUUUGUAUUCAUUUACUGUAAACCAACUUUUAUCACAAAAACAUAUGUCAACGAAAAACGACUUGCUUAUUACAACAGUUGUUAGUUGGCUAUUGCUGACAUUCAUCAGGCAAGCAACGAUUUUGUGAUGGGGGUUGAAAAUCUAUUGUGGGUAGUCGUGUUUUAAUGUCUACUUGUCUCUGGGGCUACUGGUGCUGCUGUCGUUCAGUGGAGACUGCUGGUCGGGUGGUGAGCUACCGCUGGUUGGAGGAGGUCUCUUCUGGUAGGAGGCUGCCAGAUCUGAGGCCUUGCUCACCAGCUCCAUCACAUUUGGGACCUAGUCGUAGUUCUGAGCUAUGUAGACCCCAAACACAGUCCCUGUCCCCAGACCAAUCACCCAAGUCCAUAAAGUCAUUUCCAACGAUCUUGGUGCAAAGUUCAUCGACACUGCGCUCCAAUUGGAGUAAUUAGCGCUUAUGGCCUUUCGUCCGUCUUUCUUCUCUCCCACUCUGUUCUCGGAGGCCGUCUCGACCUUAGCUGCAGUUGUGAGGAACUCUCUGAGACCAUGCAGAACCUACAGCAGCAGUCGUGGAGCAGCGCGCGGCGAGGUUCCAACUUCUCUUUCAACCGCGGCACGUGAGCGACGGAUGCAGAGAACGGCGCUCCUCCGUCGGAACAGGGCAGACCCCGAGCUGGAGCGAGCCGCUCGCACGGGAACUCUGUCAGUUCCCCUGGACCAGGUCCAGAGAGAGUGGCAGGCUCACAGAGGACUGGACCAGCUGAUGAGAGCUGGCCACCAUUUCAACAUCUACCAGGACCUGUACGGUGGCCGAGUGUUCAGACCUCGAGGGUUCAUGGAGGUCGCCUAUGGAGAGAAGACUGUUCACAGAGGAACCAUUCUCUCCCCGACUGAGGCGUCGCAGCCUCCGAGAGUGAGUGGUCUUACAAGAGAUGGUCUGUGUUCUCUGGUUCUCUCUAAUCCUGAUGGUCACCUGCUGAACCACAACAUGGAGCUGCUACACUGGAUGAUAUUGAACAUUAGUGGAGGGGCAGUCUCGUCAGGUGAGGAGGUGGUACCAUAUCUCCAGCCUGUGCCUCCUCAGGGAUCAGGACUCCACAGACUUGUCUUCACUCUCUACACCCACUCCAGUCCUAUCGCUGUUGAUAACUCCAUGAUAAAGCAGCCUAGCAACUCAUGGUUGGAUCAGAGGACAUUCUCCACGGCAGAGUUCCUAUCAGCUCGUCCCAGUCUCCAGCCAUUUACGUUCAGUCUCUUCCAGUCUCUCUGGGACUCCAGUGUACACACUGCCUACAUGGAGGACCUGGUGUAUCCAGAGCCAGUGUAUGAAGUGGUGAGAGAGCUAACUCCAAGAAGACGGAGACAAGAGAACACACGGCUACUCAAGGCCAAUCACUACAGACUUAUUCAAUGUGUGUCCGGAAGUGAUUUGCAUUCCUGAGCAGUCAUGAGC